CAGACCUUGGCCGUGGUCAGCAGUGGCGGCAAACUCGUGCAACUUUUAUCAUGCAUGUCUGUCUCUUGCCAGCAGAAAUUCUACUUGAUAUAUUCGCAAUUAUCCAUGAAGAUUAUAACUCAGUAAUCUCUCAUGCCACACUUGCUGCUCUUGCAAGAACCUGUAGGACAUUCAAGGAACCUGCGCUUGAUACGCUUUGGAAACAUAUCGAUGGAUUCGAGCCACUCGUCUUGUGCUUCCCUGAAGGUGUCCAUGAUAGAGAUGUGCUAGGCCUAGGAAAGUUGACGUUCAUUAGACCUCCCUUCGCAAGAGAGUGGAGCAUUUUUUCUCAAUAUGCACACCGUAUCCGCUCCUUGACCUUCGAACCCUCUGAGUCAGAUGUCAUAGACGACCGAAUUGUGCAGGCGCUCAUUUCUGCGCCAUCACUCACACUGUUGCCGAACCUUUGUAGGUUGCAUUGGUUCAAUGACCAAGAAUGCUUCAUUCCACUAUUGCGUUGCCUCCUUGUGCCAACUAUCAGAUCGUUGGAGCUGCGCUCUAGUAGUUCAGGAACCUCCUGGGUACCCUCCUUUGCCAAAUCAGCCUUGUUAACUUCCCUUGGAGCUCGGUGUCCAUCCAUUCGGGAAUUCAAGUGUGUAUACCAAAGUGAUUCCGAAGACAAUUCAGACAUAAUAUCCGACGCCGUAUGUGGUUCGCGGGAGCUUUUCCAUCUUGAGACAGGGGUUCUUAACACACAAGCGCUAUAUCACUUGGCUUCUUUGCCAUCGUUGAAGUCUCUGUACUUCAGGACAUACAAUAUUGAUAGCACACAAACCGAUGGCCCAGAAUUUAUCUCCCAAAUCAAUCUGGUGCAUAUCGCUGCACCGUCGCUUUUUGCUCUUGCUCACUGUCUUAGAAACAUCCGGUUUCUUUGCUGUCGAUCAGUAGCGCUGGACAUCGAUUUAAACCCUUGGGGGGCACCUUAUGAUCCACUGGUCGUUCCAGAAUUCAUCAUCUCAUUUUCAAAGCACUUCUCUCCUGCUCUCGAACACCUCAGUGUCAGCUUCGAGCCCCCCCUCUUCUCCCUGGAAGACGAAGACAUACUCGCUGAUUCUCAUUUUGCACUUGCCUUCGAUGUGAUUGCCCCGCUAUUGUCCUUGAGUCGCUUGACAAAGGUAGACCUCGAUUGGAUCUGCGCUUCGGCCAUUGACGAUGCAUCACUCAAGAGAAUGGCGCAAUCUUGGCCUCUGCUCCAGGAGUUUUACUUUGGAAGUGGGUGUCGUUGGCUUGUCCCACCAUCUCUCACCUUCAUAGGAUUCAUAUACCUUAUACAACAUUGCCCGGCCUUGCGCACCAUUGACAUGACUUUCUGCGCAUGCUCGGUAGAUACCGACAGCGAGCCGUUCACCAAAACCAUUCCCAACGAGAAUAUCACCAACAUUUUUGUGGGGAUGUCUCCGAUUGUUGACCCCGUUGCCGUGGCUUGUCAAUUGCAUACGUUAGUGCCCAACUUGUCCGGCGUGGACCGCUUUGGACCGCUUUUGGACGUGGACCCCACAUCACAAUUUCGAAAUAUUGAUGAGGGUUGGGCUAAAGUUGAUGAGUUUCUGAUGGUGCUCAAUACAGCCGCAAAAAUGAGAAAGAGCGUAGACCAAGCUACUCUUGAGUGCCCUGAUGCACCCUAGCGUUUCGAUUGGGUGGUGACACGGAUACGAAAUGGGACCAUAUAUUCCCAACGUCUAUUAAGCUCGUCUUCACCUUCUUACUACUUUCCUCAUUUUGAUCGUCUAUUUGCACCAUCACAAUUACACUUAAGGUUUCUUUUUGAUAAUCACACUUACCUAUACCUAGCGUACACUGACAUUUCAAUGAGACAAGCCCUCGCUCAUAUUUACCGACUUUCAUUCCCAUAAUCUUGG